CAACGGUCAUUCCUUUGCACCUUUGAUUCGUAUAUAAAAAGUGGCCCCUUCAUCUUCAUCUUCUUUAUCUUUAUAUCUUCUUUCAUCUCUUUACUAGACAUUCCUCUUAAAAAUAUCUUUUUUUCAUUCACUUCUUCCUCCUCUUUCCCACACUCUUCAGUCCUACCCAUCCCUGAACUUUUUUAUUUUUUAUUUUUUAUUUUUUUUUUCUUUCAUAUCAUAUAUCAUAUCAUAUCAUCAGCAAUUAUGGUCAAGAUCAGCUUCACAGUUGCAGCUGCAAUCCUCUCCCUUUCCUCUUCCCUCUCCCUUGUCUCUGCUCAUUCCCAUGGUCAUACUCAUCUAGACAAGAGAGCUGGCCCUACUUGCCCUCAACAAUACACCCCUGUUGAAAAGGGAAAAUACCCAACCAUUGAUUGCGUUCCCUUCACACAGGAUCCACAAGUCCAGGAGUGGUUAAAGCUGGUCGAUCUCUCAAAGGCCCCUGUCUUCCCUCCCUCUAAUGAAGGUGUUUGUCCUAACCCCACCUCCAGUCUUCCAAAGGAACAAUGUUGGUGGACUUGUCAAAAGUGUGAAGCCUCCGACGACAUCACCACAUGCCCUACUCCAGGUACCUGGGGCUUGACCUACGAUGACGGUCCUUCGCCUGAUUCACCUCGUCUUUACGAUAACCUCCUUGCUCACAACCAGAAAGCCACACUGUUCAUCGUCGGUUCUCGUGCUAUCAGCUACCCCGCCACUUUGAAGCGUGCUUAUGAUGAGGGACACCACAUUGCCAUCCACACCUGGUCUCACCACUCCAUGACCAGCCUGACCAAUGAGCAGAUCGUUGCUGAACUCAAGUGGACGGAGAAGGCAAUCUUUGAUGUCAUCGGUGUCACUCCUCUUUACUGGCGUCCUCCCUUCGGCGAUAUUGAUGCUCGUGUUCGCAAUAUUGCUACUCAGCUUGGACUGAAGACCUCUAUCUGGACACAGGGAUUUGAUACAAACGACUGGAACAUCCCUGGUGGCACUGCUACACCUCAAUCCGUUGUCGAUACCUUCAAAACUUGGCUCACCAAGAUCCCAUCUCUCAGUACUGGGUUCAUUGUUUUGCAACACGAUCUAUUCGCUCAAGAGGUGGACGUUGCCCUGAACGGUGUGUUGCCUGUUGCUUAUGAGACCAAGAGCCUUGUGAUGCAACCAAUUGCUCAGUGUUUGAAUGAUGGCAAGCCCUAUAGGGAAGGCGCAGGCACUUUCAAAUUGAGUGGAAGCAGUGGCAAUGAAACUUCUGCAAACAAUAGGAAUAGCCACCCUAACAAUGCGAAUGGGCUCAUCAUCAACCCUGCAGCCCUUCCAAAGACCCAGGCUGUAUUGGUCGCAGGAUCAGUAAUCUUACUGUCAAGCCUGUUCACCAUCUAAAACUAUAUAAAAUAUAUACAACAAAGACUUAGAAAUCAUCCAUAAUCCUAUAACCCUAUAUAGAUUCAUUUAUAUUAUAUAUAUAUACAAUGGUUGUCACUCCUCUUCCCUUCAAAUGAAUAUAAUACCUCUCUUGCAAUAAAAAAAAAGGCAUA